UGUUUCAGUAUUUACCACAUAGUGUCAUUUGGUUACAUUUUAAGCAGUAAGCUCCCUUUGACUUUGACAAUAAGUGGAAGACAAAGAAUUUUCUUUUACAGAAACACUGACUUUGUUUGUCAAAUUUUAAACUACAAUUGAGCAUAGAUUUGUACCCUUAGGCAAAAAAUAGAUUAAUUUUAUUGCCUGUCACUAGUUAAUACCAACAUAACUUACCACUCCCACAAAAAGCUGCAUGUGAAAAAUAGUUUAUCUAUACAGUACAGUCAUUUUUUCCAAAGACCCAAUAACUCGGGAUCUGCAACUUUUUUUGUAAUAAAGUUUUCUGGGUAAGCUUGUAUAGGCCAUACACGUUUACUCACAAAAUUUGAUUGCAAACCGACAUCCCAAGUUAUGGGGUCAUAGCAGAAAAUUAAGAUUAAGUGAUUUAACAGCUUAAAAAAGUUUUAUGCACAUGUUUUCUGUUUUAAAGACUUUUUGUUAUAGUUUUUAAAAAAUGUUAUCCUUCUAAAACUUGCUUUAGCCGUAAAAAAAACCUUUUCAUUUCAACAGGUAGUUAUUUAAUGUGGGAUGUCCCUGUGAAGAAGCCAUAAUAAACUUUCUAUGGUACUGUUUUGCAAAUUUUUAAUCAAACUACUGCACCGUCUUUGAUAUUUAUGUUUCUGUUACGAUGGUUUUCAAUUUUUACUUGAAGUCCCGUUUUGACAGGUUUUAAUUGAAAUUGACCUGUUUGAUAGUUUAAAAUAAUCUUCAGCGAUAUUUUACCAUGACAAAAUGUCAUUUCUAGAACAAUAAAAAGUUUCUUCUUUUAGCAAACAUCUAUCUUAAUUUUAAAAUUCCUCAUGUGAAUCUUUCCGCAUUGAUGUCACAAUUACAUAAUUACACAGCUAUACAAAAAUCAUCAUUUUCGGCUUAACGUCCGUUUUCCAUGCUAGCAUGGGUUGGACGGGGUAUAUUAAUGACCCUCUUCCAAUCUGAUCCAGACUCUGUUGAUCUAAACUCAACUUCCUCUGUAUCAAGUCUGUCCUUAUAACCUCCUGUCAAGUCUUACUUAGUCUGCCUCUGGGCUUUGCUCCAGGAACUAUCAAGUCUCUACACUUUCUUACCCAAUUAUCCCCCUCCAUUUUUUCCAAGUGCCCCAGCCAAUUCAAUCUUUUUAUCUGGAUAACAUCUUUAAUUCUACGGAUACUUAGCCUGCUUCUUAGCUCAUCUGAACUCUUGUCUCUGGGACUGGUGUUACACAUCCACCUAACCAUUCUCAUAUCAUUCCUUUCUAAACAGUCAAGAUCUUCCUGCUUCACUGCCCAUGUCUCACUACCGUACAACAUAAUGCUUCUUACACAGGCCUUAUACAACCUACCUUUUAACUCAAUUGACAAGACUCUGCUAGUCAUCGAAGGAAGUAACUCUCUGAACUUUUUCCAAGCAGAACCUAUCCUGCAAGUAACACUUCUUCCAACACCCCCUUCACUGCCCAACAUAUCACCUAAGUAACAGAAGUUCUCAACUAUCUCUAACGAGCCACUGUUGUACAUUAUUCAAGCUGGAAAUACUUCAUUCUCUAUAAUCUCAUCGACAGCACUUCUAAGACUAAAACAAACAACAAAGGACUAAGUACAGAACCCUGAUGUACACCAACAUUUACACUAAAUUCAUCACUAAGGGAUCGUCCACAAAUUUCGUCCCAUUAACGAGACGCUAUAAGACGAAAAAGUUAAAAAAAAUUCGUCUCGUUUUGUUCUUAAUUGAAAUUGAGACGAUUUAAAAAUCGUCUCAUAAAUAUCAGGAGACGAUAUUUUGUCAAUUCGUCUCAGAAUAAAAAAAGUGGAACAAAAUAUUUUAAGACGAAUUGAGACGAAUUGAGACGCUGCGGUAAAAUCACGGAGACGAAUUGAGACGAAUUAAGACGCUGCGGUAAAAUCACGGAGACGAAUUGAGACGAAUUAAGACGCUGCGGUAAAAUCACGGAGACGAAUUGAGACGAACUAAGACGACAGGGUUUCUUAAACACGAAAAUUUAUUUAAAAAGCUAGUGUUUUUUAAAGUGGUUUUAAUGUAUUCAGAUAUUUCAGAUAGCGACAGCGACCUAGAUUGGUUGUUUACGGACGAUUCUUUGUCCGAUGAUGAAAAUGAAGAUUACAUCAACGAAAUUUUACAAUGCGCUUCAAAAAAACGAGGCAGACCAGCGCUACACGAGCAACAUCCGGGCUUGGUUCCAUGUAUCGCAUCCUACAUAAGUCAGAACUCGGCCGAGGCCCAUUUGAGGCGCAGAGACAGUAUUAUGUACACAAAUGGUGUAAGCUUAAAAGAUAUUGUCUCUCACAUAAAAAGUACGCUCGGGUUAAAUGUGAGUAAGAGCGCAGUGCAUUACCUCAUGAGACCGAGGAGAAAAAAAACCACUUCGAGCAAGCGUCACAAAUCGUUGGUUGAUGCACGUGUUCCGCCCAAGCGCAACACGGGAGAAAAAAAGAUCCAUGAAGAUUUUCAUUUUUCUUGCUCCCAAGUUAACUUGGUUAAUGAGUUAGCGCAGUUAUGCAAUGAAAACACAAUCUCCUUGUCAGUUGACAACAAAAACAAGGUGGAUGUUGGUAUUCCCGCCACGAGUAGACGUGCGCAAAUCCGACGUUAUCACAUCGAAAAUGAGGCUCCCAUUUACAAUGACCACGACUUCCCCUAUCCGAAUAGUAAAUUAACCCCAGCAGGUUAUCAACAAUUAAAGGUGAGAAUAACAAGAUCACGCUCAUUAUCUCCAACCCGCCAGCCUUUAAAAAUAAAUAGAAAAAGGUCUUUGUCUGAAGGAAGCAGUUUUCUGGUCCUAAAAUCAGAAAGAACCAAGGACAAAGUUGGUAGAAGCAAAAUCAAAUGGUCCCGUAAAGGUCCGCUUUUCAUACAUUUAUAUCCUUCACGUUUAGUAGAAGCCACCAACGUCAUGCAUGUAAACUAUCUUCUUCAUCUUUUGCAACAAGAAAAAAAAAUUAAAAAUGUUUAUAACGUCGUUGCAAUUGCAGAUGGAGGCCCCGACUGGUCAACAAAAGCAGUAGUUAACCUGAUGUCGUUGGGUUAUUUGUGGUUGAAUUUACGUUUAGAUUGUUUGAUCGUUCAAUGUUACGCUCCGGGGCACUCCCGUUUUAAUCCUAUAGAAAGAUGUUGGUCUUUCCUCACCCCGCAGCUGGUAGGAGUAACGCUUCCCGUUGAGGUUGAUGGAAAAACACCUAAUCCAAAUGAUUCUGAAAAAUGGUUAAACGUCCUCGACAAUGCUGCAACGGUUUGCUCAAAGUUUUGGAACAAUAAAAUAUAUGAUGGUUUUCCAAUAAAAGUAGAAACCUUCCUAUCUACAAAUCCGUUGCUGAAGGAUAUCAAGUGCGCGCACGAUACUAUCAAAAGAUUUUGUGUUGCAUCCAGAAAAUCGAUAAAAUCAUCUGUUGAAUUUACAGAGCUACAACAGAAAUACCGCUUUUUCGUGAAGCAUUGUACGAGGAAAGCGUAUCAAAUUGAGUUUGUACGUUGUACUAGCACAGAUUGUGACCAUUGCUCAUCCUUGCCACUUCGGAAGAACCAAUUUUUAGACGUGAUAAGAGAAUUUGGAGGCACGUGUCCAACACCACAACAUAGUGAUUUUUUUGCAGGUCACUAUAAAACGCUCAUCGAGAUGGUACAGUCACAACUAUGCCGAAAUAUUUCUAGUGCAUCGCGCAUCAUGCCCUGCCUUACAACAAAAUAUGAUGUCUGCAAUCAUGGCUGCAGAUACGCUUUUUUUUCAGAAGCAGACAAAACCCGACACAUGAGGUUAAUGGACCAUUAAUGGACAUAUUUGCUACUCGGGCUACUUAAGGCCAGUCCUUUUUUAUUUC